AGAAAGUUUCUAAAACUAGUGUAUUAGUGUUCAAAAAUAUUUUUAGGCAAUCAUUUGAUGCUUUUAUAUAGGGACAUUUAUCAAAUCAAACUUUAUUGUCUGUUGUUUACAAACUACACUCAUGCUAACAUGAUAUAAGCAUAUCUAUAUUUAUAUAACGGGCAGAGAUACAUGUACACGACAUUCAACACAUGCACACCUACACCUCACACAUACACAUAAACCUCCUAUGAAGAAUUCAUGGGUAAUACAGUAGACAUAUGAGUUGUUGUGACUUUUAUUUAGGAUGGUGAUUGCUGCUGGCACAAAGGACCUCUGGCAGUAUAUUUAGUGCACAUGGCAAUUUGUAGUGGCUGCCUAAGGGCAACAGCUAAAGUUUGUGAUGGAGAGUAUGUUUCGUCUCAAAUUAUAUUAUCUUUCUGACUGCAUGAAGGUACAAGUCAGAAAGUGGCAGCUGUAAUGAACCAAUAAUUUUAUUUGCAUGGUGGCUGACUCUGGACAGCCCUGCCUUGUAUUGAUAAAAAGCAAUAAACAGAAAAUUAACAAUGGUCUGAAAACAAAAACACUGCAUUGUCUGAACAUCAAAUCUUAGUGGACUCCAAAUCUGCCUCAGACAAGAUGCAAAGUCAAUAAAAAGGACUUCAAGUCUGUGGGUGUACAAUUGGACAAUUGACUAUCCUAGGACCAUAGUUAUGAAGCAAGGAUUUGGGUGUCUUAAUCCAAAAAAGCUGUGAAUCAAAGAUGACAGAGACAGAAUCAGUCAAAAAUGGAGCUACAUAUUUCUUCACAGUGGCAACAGUCACUAUAGCUGUUUUCAUUGCUGCUGUUGGCAUGGUCUUUAUGAAUACUGACUGUGAUCUUCUUCUGUGGGCUGCAGAUUAUAUUGGCAGUUCUCCAAAUGUACUAGCUGGCCAAGUUGUAUGGAUCACUGGAGCCUCUGGCGGUAUUGGAGAAGCUCUAGCAUAUGCCCUUGGUGCUGCAGGCUGUCGCUUGGUGUUAUCAGCACGGCGAGAGCAUGAGCUGCUUCGUGUAAAGCAGAAUUGUCUAGAUAAAGUUGGGAUGAAGUCAUCAGAUAUUCUUGUUGUACCCCUGGACCUUCUCAGAAUGGAGAUGCAUCCUGAAGCAGUUAGUACUGUGCUCACUCACUUUAAUCAGAUUGAUAUUCUUGUGAAUAAUGCAGGACGGUCCCAAAGGGCACUGUGGAUGAAAACAUCAUUGGAAGUAGACCGUGAGGUCCUAGAGCUGAACACGCUUGGGCCAGUGUCACUAACUAAGGCAGUCCUACCACACAUGGUUAAACGUCAGAGUGGGCAUAUUGUUGUAGUGUCCAGUAUUGCCGGCCAUCUUGGUACUCCUGGUUUGGGUUCUUAUGCAGCUUCUAAACAUGCCCUUCAUGGGUUUUAUGACACUUUACGUUUGGAAGUGUUUGAUGAUAACAUCACUGUCAGUCUGCUAUGUCCUGGACCAGUCUUCUCGGAUGCCUUGAAGCACGCCUUUACACAUGAUAAAGGGCAGGAGCUAGGAGCAGAGAUGAAUCCUACAGAAAACCGAAUGCAGGUUGACCGAUGUGCUUAUCUGAUGGCAGUUGCCAUAGCAAACAAGCUUAAUGAAGCUUGGAUGAGCAAUCAGCCAGAGCUUUCCUAUGUUUAUUUUAAUCAGUACAUGCCAACUUUUGCCAAAUGGGCUGCUGUACACAUUGGAGGAAAGCGAUUGAAGAAAAUCAAGGAAGGAAAAACAGAUCUACAUUAACAUUAUUUACUGAAAUGUUUGAACAAAUACCUUUUUUUUUGCAAUACUUCUUUUACAUCAUCUACCAUGUCCACAGUAUUUUGUGUGUGUGUGUAUGCAAGCCACGGAGGACUUGACACUGGUUUUAUCAAUGUCAGCUUGUAACCAAGUAUUGAUUAAUUUGUAUAGUAAAAGGUGAAUGAACUAUU